AAAAGCUCGCCGCUGCUCACGUGCUCGCUGUUCCGUGUCGUUGCGACUCAAAAGGACGCCAUCAACUGUGGCCAGCAGCAGCAGCUCGGCCCUCAGGGCCCUCAGAACUCGAUCACCUCCAGCUAUCUGCUUAUCAAGUCCGGCCAUUAGGCCCAUCCGCUCUCUUUCUUGAAUAUGUUUAUUUACACCUGUCCUCCCCAUUAAUGUUCCGCUUUAAAAUCCACGGCGAUUGCCUGUUUGACUUUGUGAAGAACGGCGAUGAAAAUGGACUGUCAGCUACUGUACAUCUCCUAGGUAGUCUGAGUCCAACGCCUGGAAAGGAGACUGUUCUCAGCCUGAGACGCCAAAGCGAACUGAACAUGAGGCACGGGAGUCGAAAUCGGUCUAGACGCUUCGCAUUCAAUGAAAUCAGGACUGGUACUCGAACAAACAGACGCGGAGAGUGAAAAUGUGUGAGAUGAGGGUUCGGUUCCUUCAUAGAACUAUAAAUCUCGUGAAAUAGAUUCGAGAAGAUUGAUGGCUCUUGUGUCAGUCGGAUUUUCAAUGAACCUUCCGCGGAUUCAUAGCCAAGUAUAAAAGAGUAUAAAUGUGUAGGAACCGCGCUUGCAUGCGACAGCUUGCACGCCAAUCAGCCACGUGCGUGGCACGCGUCCAGAAUAACCCAGACUCAGGCCUACUGUUACUGGUGACGACGGCGUGACCAGUUUUGCGUCGAGUCAGACGACGGACUCGUUGACUCGCAUGGGGCUACUUACCUUUCCCUUUGACUACCAUGUCGCUCAUGAUCGUACAUAACGCUUUCCUCUCACCCCAGCCUUGUGUGCACGGCCCUUUGAAUCGCUCUCACGACACUGUAACGACAACCCCCACAACGCAUGGUUCCAGCAGAAUGGAAGUUGGCCCCCCACAACACCCGAGUGCGGCCGGCUUUGUUCCAAGCUUACCACAGCUGCUAGUGUAAUCCUUUGAGCUGAAUCCCCCCUUGUCAUUCCUGAGAGGCUUCGCGAUAGCACGGCGAUGAGAUGAGGUUGUGACAGGGUUCCACCGUGAAUUGCUGAUUUCUUGGGAUCGAUGGCGAGCAGGUGCCGACUCUUUCAUCUAUUAUCUCCGGGAAUUUCAUUUGCGGACUCUCACGAUGUCGGCAGGGUAUUCCAUCGCAGUGCAGCCAGCGCACAUUGGGGCUUUUGUUAGGUUCACUCGCAGUGACAUGCUCCCAGCACGAGGCCAGUCUUCGUCCAGUCGAACGAACGGAACCGGUUCACCGGUGUCUUGGGCCUGUCACGCGAUUCUUCCACCUCCCCCAGUGCUGCGCCGGGACUUUUGCCCUCCGCACAGCACUUAUCAGCCGCGCCCGCUCUCCAUCUGCCCUGGCCAAGGCGAUGGUGGGAUAGCGGAUCGGCGCGCCUCAGCUUGCCUGAUCAGGCGUGUCGUAUCAGGGCAUAGUGUUACUUGCCUGUCAAGUGUUCUGAUCGAAGAGUCGGCGAUGUCCUGUGACGAUCUAGUUCGUUUGUGCGCGCUUACACCUCCCGUUUGGUUGAUCUUGCCUCAUGGGAGGGCAUUAUAACUGUUGCUUGUUUGUUUACUCCGCGUUCUGGCCUCCUCCAUUCCGGUCCUAAUCGGGGUGCUCCAUUGACCUGUCCCACUUAUAUCACAACCGACCUCAUCCCUCCUGCUCCCUGAUCGCAGCAGUAUCAUAUCCUGUCCAUGCUCAGUCUCGGCCCCGGUUCAGCAUGCGACGUAUGCCUCGACUCUUUCACGUCGGGCGAGGGCAAGUCCCCAUCGUCAAUCCCAUGCGGCCAUGUCUUCUGCGUCGCGUGUCUGCGCCAGAUAGCGGCCCGGCCCGUGUGCCCGCUGUGCCGGUCGCCCUUCCAGCCGCGGCACAUCGUGCGGCUGCACGUCGACCUCGACAACGUGCGCAACUACGCAGCGGCGGACGGCACGGCCCUCGUGCCGGGAACCGAGUCCGAGGCGCGGCAGCUCCAGGAUCGGAUCAAUGCGGUGGCCCAGCGUGGCGCGUCGGAGGUGCAGACGACCGAGCUGUUGCAGGAGUGCCGGCGGUUCCUGGGAGGCGUGGACCUGAAAACGUUCCCGGAGCUUCGCACGUCGUACUGCAUGAUGAAGUACAUGUGUCACGUGAAGCGGAUGUAUCUCGAGCAGUCGGCUGUGGUCUCGCAGCACACCCUCCAGACCGACUUGAAGGACAAGGACAUCCAGAGCCUGAGGACGGCACUCGACCUGGCUCAGUCGAAGAGGGACGAGCACUCGAAGCUACUGGAAGAGACAGAACGUCAUGAGAAGCUGCUUGAUGCCCAAUGCAGCGAGCUUACCGAGCAAUUGGCGACGAUGGAAGCCGAGAUGAAAUUGUUGUCAGAGCAAAACGAGGCCGCUCAAGCCCAACUGCUUCUUGUGACCGACGAGCUCCAGCAGCUGCGCGCUGAGGUCGAGUUCUCGUCACCUGAGGGCGAGAGCCUCGCCGAGUUGCCGAUCGAAUCGAUGCCUCUUUCUCCGAUCACGGACUUGAAGCCGCCCACCGCGCCGGAUCUCGAGGAAGAAGAAGAGGACGAGCCGCCCGCUCCAUUCCUGUCGCCCUGGGCUGCUCUGAUCGAUUCGAAGACGGAGCCGCUGGAGCCGAUGCGAGUGUACUGUGGUGCUGCGGGGUGUCCGCAUUCGUGCAACUGCGUGCCGUUUCUGCUGUUCUCGCCCGGGUCGAGGGAGGCCGCUGCUGCACGGGCUCUGGCGGAUUCGGCGGUCACGCCUCCCUUGCUCGGAUUCUCUCCUCCCAGCGGUCUUUCAUUGCACCUACAACAGCAAACGGACCGCUCGCGGUCCCAUUCGCGGCCUCGUAGCCGGUCGCUUUCCCGAGCUGCAUCGCCCGUGGCUGGUCCACUCAAGCAUCAUCAUCAUCAUCAUCCUUCUUCUUCUGCGCAACAGACCCAUAUGCGUGGUCGUCUCCAUGACAUCCUGCACGAUCCAUUUCCGACGUCAUCUUCUCUGCCCAAUAUGUCGCGGUCCCACUUUCUCCCCCCAUCUCCCCCCACGCCGCCCCAGCAGCCGCCGAAGAAGAAGGAGCGCACCGGCAAACAGAAGGAGCGGGAGUCUCUGCCCGAGCCGCUGCCGUUGUAUAGCCAGAGGCAAUCAAGUCCUGCGGUCGAGGCCCCGCCAAGGUAUCGAGUGUCGGGCAGUCCGCCGCAAGAUCGGAGGACAGCCACUCCUUCGGCAGUGACAACCCCUUAUGUUCAUCCGCCGAUGCUCUACAUCCAUCCUCCGAUGCUCCAUUCCGAUACGCGGCCGUUUGUGUCUGCGUCGGCGGCGGCAGCAGCAGCAGCAGCGGCGUCUUCUACCGCGAGUUCUCAAGCUUCGGCGUCCGUUUACAAGUCCGGGCUGUCCCAGACGUACGCUUCGAACGCCCAUCCGGAUCCCAUGUAUCCCCCGAAGCCCAGUGUGCCAUCAAAGUCUGCUUAUCCGCGGCCCCCGUUCAUGUACACUGCGCCCGUCGCGCCUGCGCCGCCGGUUUCUGCUGUCUACGCGUCCUCGAGUCUCCCGAAUAAGGCCCAGGCGCAGUCGCAGCCCAUCGGAUUCGAUCGAUCGAACACCACCACCCCCACCACCAGCACCAGCACCAGCACUCCUACUAGUACUCGCACGGACAAGUUGAGCAGGCGGGGAUCGAGCAAGCGCGUCCCGCCGCGCUCGUCGUCCUCUGCCUUGUUCGCGUCAUAAUAUGAUAUCAUAUACAACACCUUGUACCAUAUCCUUAUUUCCUUCUAUUCUGCACGAAAUGCACGCUCCCCCCGGGCUGAAUCUGCCUCCGUGAUACCGGCCCGGCGCUCCGGCGUGGAAGCAUCGAUCGAGAUGGCAGAUAUCAGAUACGAUGCUGCUGCUGCAGGUGUGUGUUUGUUAUCAUUGAGCCAAGUGUCUGGACCACUCGAGAUCCGGUGGCACCUCAAUGGAAUCUGCGCCAGCGCACUGAGUCUGCGUGUCUGGUGAUGGGGGGCCCUGGUCAGCCGUCUGCGCACCACGCGACCCACCCAGUCCAAGCUAAGCUCAGCCAAGCUAGGCUGAGGUAACGCAAGUAAGCUCAGGCAUACUCAAUGAUUAUGAUAUCGGGGGCUGGUGUCCACAUCACACGAGCUCGAGAUCGACAGAAUCCACCACCACACACACACAGGGUACGUAACGGCGCGCAGCGCUGUCUUUCUCCGAGUGCCUCUCAGGUACCGUACGCACAGCAUGAGCCGAGAAUUGACGACGGGGUUAUCGAUGGGGGGUGGGUGGAUUCAGAGAAUCGCACAAGCAAAAAAAGAAAGGAAGGAAGAGAAGGGAAGAAACGUCUGGCCCAGGUCCAUCCAUCCAUCGAACGUGCGCAGCAGCAGCCUUGCAUUGCAUUGCCUCACGCUCACACUCGCACGGAGAAACACAACAGCGUGUGGCGCCUGCUCACCGGCGCCGCCGCGACUGUCCGUCUGUCUAGUAGCCGGCCAGCCAGCCAGCCCCACGCACCCGGAUCGCAGCCCAGAAUAACAAGCUUUCCGGGGGGAAGACCACCACAACCUGCCACAGAUCCUGCCCAAUCAGGAAGCCGCCCCGUAUGUCCAAGCCAGCCCGGGGGAACGGAAAGUUUGCGAUCGCGCAUCCGGCUGCGAUGCGGGAUGGAUGAAUCUCGUAGACGAUCCAGCCUGCGCAAACGGACACGAUUGUGUCGGGGGCACAGCGAUAAACAGGCCACGGAGAUCCCCACAAGACACGAGAGGCCAAAAAUAUCCGGAAAGAAAUCACGAACGAUAGGAAAUUCCCGAUCUUCCUGAAACAACGCAACGCAGCACCGGCGCACCAAUGGCUGCACUACCCGAGGGCUUGUGUUGUGUUGAUAGAUUGAGAAGACGCUAGCACAGAAAUCCCGGGACAUCGUGAUCUCUUUCGCCAUUGUCCUCUGGAAGUUGCCGGUGGAGAGAGGAACGAUCCCGGAAAGUGGCGAGACAGACAGGACCGCAUGAAGAAUGGAUGGAGAGCGACGAAAUAUGACAUGAUAUCGUAGGAUAGAUGAUACAGCAGCAGCAGACGAGGGACGUCAUCGCUGCCGAUCUAGCCCUUCUUGGAGCCACACUGGUUAAGACCCGCUCCACAGAACUGCGCGACCAGAAUCCACAGGAAGAU